AUGGCCAAGUUCCAACUUGAAUCGAAAGUCCGCUAUCACAUGGGCCAGGAUGAAACCCGCCAUACCGGUAUCAUCAAAAGCAUCGCUCAGGAGCACCCCGUGAGAUACAAAGUCCGGCCUGAAGGGGGUUCGCAAUCCGAUGAGGUGCUCGUGAACGAGGCAAAUAUCGAUGGGGUUUGUCAGUAG